AUGACUGGCCACGACGGCUCAACGAGCGUCCGCGUCUGUCUGACGCGCUGUCCGCUGCCGUCAGCAGAGGAACGUGUGCACUCGUUGCCGUGUCGUAUCCAUUAUGACGGCGCCGCAGCUGUCUCGACGUUCUUCCACCCAAAGAACAAACACUGCGACCGUACGAACGAUAUAGACGACGGUAGCGGUCGUGAAGCAGAGACGCGAGACAGUGAUCGAGCGGAGAAGAACGAGGAAGUCGAUCAAGUCGGUCGUGACCCGUUGUUGAUGUCGGCCGAUUUCCGUGGUGUCCAAUUGCAGGGUCGGAAGGUGUCAUUGGCGCCCUUGGGCUUGACGGGUCUUGUGCUCGAUGAUAGUGGCAUGCGACACGAGGACGACGAAGGUCGUAUCUGGGAAGUCGACGAUCACUUUGACGAGCUCACGUGGUGGGACGUACCACACAGCACAACUAGCGAGACACAGCAACUGCCGUUGGUGUUGCAGCAGUGGCAUGAUCUCUCGGCUGCGGUGCGUAGCUACUUGUCUACUCCAUUUUGUGCGGAUUCCAUCCGAUAUGCUGAAGUGCAUCUGAUGGAGUCACAGCGAACCGAGUUUGCGUGA